CUGGUUUCCUCUCCUGCCACUAGCUUCCCUUCCUUCCUGCUCUGCUCUGAGGACCUGACUGAGGACCAUGGGCCUGCUGAACAUCCUCUCCUCCAUCAGAGACCGAGCUGACAAGUUCCUCAACGAGAAGAAUGUGGUGACAGAUUUUCUGGGGAAGGUGGAGGAGAAAACUGGGAUCAGGAAGAAGAUCCUUGCAGGGGGUGCCGUCUCACUGACUGGACUCUAUCUGAUGUAUGGAUAUGGUGCCGCCCUCCUCUGCAACCUGAUUGGUUUCGUCUAUCCAGCGUAUUAUUCAAUCAAAGCCAUUGAAAGCCCCAGCAAAGAAGAUGACACAAAAUGGCUGACGUACUGGGUGGUGUACGGCGUCUUUAGCCUUGGCGAGUUCUUCUCAGACAUCUUCCUCUACUGGUUCCCAUUUUACUACGCUUUCAAGUGUCUCUUCCUGUUGUGGUGCAUGGUCCCGAUGUCCUGGAACGGCUCCCAGAUCAUCUACGACAAGGUGGUCCGGCCGGUCUUCCUCCGCCACGAGGCCACAGUGGACAACAUGGUCAGCAACCUCGGUGGGAAGGCCAUGAGCGCUGCCGAGAACCUCACCAGAGAAGUCCUGUCCACUCUGGUGAAGAAUAAAGCCCUGGUGUUUCCAGCGCCGCAAGUCCCUCCAUCUGACCCGAGAAGUUUACCAAGUUCAUCAGCAGAGACAUCAGCAGCUAAAGUCGAAGAGAGAGAAGAGAGACCUUUCCUGGGUUAACCAGUUUGGAUGGACUCAGUGUAGACUGACGUCUGUCCAAUAGCAGCAGAGGAAGAGGACACUCAGGGAGGACGAGGACACACUGAAGGUUUCCCUCUUCAUCUCGGAGACUCUUGUUUCUGUCACAUGUCUUUUAUAUCUGUCUUGAUCUAGUAGCUGUCACAUUUCAGCCGUAACAUUAGGACCACCUCCUGACUCCUCCUGACCUCUGAAGGUUUUCUGUGACGUCAGCAUCAGAUUCUUUAGAUCCUGCUCCAGGUUGAGAGGUGGAGCCUCCACAGACCAGACUAGUUGGUCCAGGACGUCCCACAGAUGCUGGACUGGACUGAGAUCUGGUUCCAGGGAGCAUCAUCCUGAAGGGAAUCCUGUCUCCAUGAAAGGGUGGACAUGGUCUGCAGCGAUGCUGAGGCAGGAGCUACGAAUCAAAGAACAUGAGUGAAAGAACCCAAGGUCUCCCAGCAGAACGUGGACCAAACACCACCCUGUCUCCACCGGCUGGUCUCCUUCACACCACACUGGCCUCAGCACCAGCCCUGCAUCAAUGAUCCUACGCCCACGUCCCUGUCCCUGGUUGUCCUCCUUCUUGGACCACUGCUGAUUGGUUGUGAGCCCUGCAGACCAGUAACCUGGAGAUGUUCUGACCCAGUCGUCUAGUCAACACAGACUUGUUCUUUAAAAUGAGAUCACACAGAGUUAAAAACGGACCAGCGCUGAUUGACUUUACAAAGACUUUAAUUCUGACCCAGAAUCAUUAGUAGAUGAUUGUUGAUGUUUUACUGCUACAGUAUCUUUAUUUAUAUCGGUGGCCGUGGCUACUCUCCACUCCGGCUACAUUCAACCAUGAUUUGUGCUGAAUGAGCUCAAACUGGACCCGAUUCCACCUGAUGACUUUUAGUGGCUGUGACAUUAUUGAUUAUUGAAAUUAAACCUGUUGAUAAGAAUCGA